UCCUUAUACGGAAUUGUGUCAAUUACAGCGUAGAGUUUUUUGUGGGAAAAGGUCGAUACUUUACGAGAUACAAACAAGAGUGAGAAAAGUGCGAUUCUUUGUAAAACAGUUUUAUUUAUCUAUUACAGUCUUAUUUAGUGUUUAAAGAGGAUGUCGAGUUCAAUAACUGUGUAUAUUUUUAUGUGAUUGAUGAAAUCAUCUGCAUUGACCUAAUUUUCAAUCUGAUGUGAAGAUAAGAUUCCUAACGGAUGUUAAAGGCUUCAUUUUCCUUAUUGAUUGUUAAUAUAUAAUCUAGGUCAUCUGAGGGGAGAGCGCGGCAUUGGCAGCUAAAUGUGUUACUGGUCUAACAGAGGGGCACAUGCCGUAACUUAGUAAUGUUGCCCCCAGAAGUUUUCUUCGUGACUGCAUGUCUGUCCCUGGUUCUUCAGGCAGGGAAUGGCUUUGCUGGUUCACAACCCUGUAGAAUUGCAUUUCCCAUGACCACUCAGUACAUCUCGGCCUACUAUGAUACGAUCAUACAGGGCAAGGGAUGUAGUAGUAACGCCACAACGAACAGCACGGCAGAGGUUCACGUCAUCAACCUUCUGAAUGCAGGCCCAGUGUUCAGGAACGACUUGGCAGAAGUUAACUUGUUGAUCAAAUCACGAAAUGAAGAGAGAGCCUAUUUGGAACCCUUCGUUUACGUAUUGAACUCACGACAGCCAGUAAGGUGGAAGAUUCGAACGGAUAUUACCCUAGCAUCAAAGAAGAAGCAUCUUUUUGUGAUUCCAUCAUAUUCAACCAUUCGACUUGUCACAGGCAGUGAGAAUAAACGAGUGAGAAAAAGCAUGAUGCCUCAGGACACCCAGACUCUAAUGUCAUGGGUGAAAAAUGAAUACGAAGUCAUAACCUCCUACACGGAGCUGAAGAGAGGGAAUCAGAUGACGCUCAAUGUUGGACUGGAUAAACAUGCAGCUAGCGAUUGUGUUAUUCAAGAAAACUCGUCUCAGAAAUUGAAUGUGAUGGCAAAAUUUGAACAGCCCCAACUCUCCUCUGGUUGCAUUGUUCCACAAACGGAUAUCUCCAGGGUGGCAUAUAUCAUAGAGGUGGAACAGGUGAGCAAUAUUGUGAACAAUACAGCAGCCAUUGAAGCUCACCUGGAUAUAAGAAGCAUGUCCAAGAAGAGGGUUCAGAAAGAUUUCUGGCUAGUCCUGAAAUCACCAGACCAUGUCAACUGGAGAGUGUCCACCCACAAACUCCAGGGAUACAUUGAUAUUGUGGCCAAUAGUUAUGUGGACAUGAUGCGGAUACGGAUGGACCCUGUAAACGUGCGGAGAGAUGAGAUUCUGGCCACAGACCAAGGACUUAUUCGUUGGGUAGAGGAUUAUCUGGGGCCAGUAGCCAUGUACACAAAGAUCAACCUGGCCAACAAAAUCAAACUCGUUUUACCUGAUACAGCAGGUAGUAAUUCUCCAAAAGCAAAUCCUACCCACAUUGACCCAUUCUCAGUUCGAGCAUACACAAAGAAUGUAAUUAAAAGGGUAUUGCACACAGAGUGUGGGGAAAAGGGGCAAAUUAUAAUACACAUGAAAAAGUCUGUCAUGAAGAUUUUUAACCUGUCCUGGAAACAGAUCACAUUGUUGGACAAAGGCUGUCUUGGGGAAGUAUAUAAGAAAGAGCUGAUCAUUGCAACAGCACCAGAGAUGUGCAAGACAGUUAUCAAUCACAAAGGAACCCAGACUCACUACUCCAAUGCAAUUGUCAUCCACAAAGAGGAGGUGGACACUGACCUUUAUGACCAGCCAAGUGGAAUGGGAAUUAAUGAAGUGGAUGAAGGAGAGGAGGACUUAGGAGAAGAGGGGUCUGGGGUAUCAGCCAUGGAUGGUACAUACAUUGAUGAUGAGGAUUUGAACCAGUCACCAGACAGAAUCGAGAUUCCUAUCCACUGCACAGUGCCUAGGAAAAGAGAAGAAGAAACAGUGUCGACCACAACCAGCAAGCCCAGGAACAUCAGCCACUGGGACCCAUCCUCUGACAUCCACUACAGCAUGGUCCUCUACCGGUCCUCCCAUUACACUGACCCCCUACACACCUUCCCCCUGGCUCUGCCAGCCAACAGCAGGGUGUAUGUCAAAGCCAGCAUUGAAGCAGACCAGUCAUUGCGUGUGGUGAUACAGAACUGCUGGAUUUUUCACAGUGAUGAUGCACCCAUUCACUGGCUUAUCAGGGAUGGUUGCAUAAAGGAUGCUAAUGUUCGGCACCAGUAUGGGGUCUUGAGAAGUGUGACACAGUAUGAGAGAUUCAGUUUCCUGCUGAGCAAUGCCACACCCUUCAGCUACCUGAUUUGUCAGUUGAGCACCUGUCAGAACUGGCCAAAAGAGAGCAACAAAGGCAUUCCAAUGUGUGUGGAGGAGAGCAAACUCUGUGACAAUGACAGCCCUAUAGCCAUGCUGAAGGAGAUCACUCUAGGUCCACUCUAUGCCACUGACUCCAAGUCUGAGCCAGAGGACACAGAAAAUUACAAUGCCAAUUCAACUAUUAUUAAGGUACCUAAGGUCCACAUCGUGAACCAGCAGCCAGUAAGUGAGACCUCCAAGGAUGAGGAUUCCCAGAAAACCUCUGGACAAACGGUCAUAGUGGAGGGUCUAGACUCAGGGACAGUCAUUGGAAUCGCCUUCGCUGCAUUCAUCAUCGGAGUCCUAUUGGUGGCAGCUCUCUGGUUCAUUCACACUCAUACAGCACCUAUAAAGCAUGCAGUCCAAUCUCGAGCUGUGUUGGAUGGUAGUGGCGAAUCAACACCAAUGUCCACAGCACCACUUCAAAUCAACUCUUAGUAUUGUGUCGACGACACUCAAGUACCAAGGGAGGGAACUUCUGCUUUAGUGAUGUAAAUUGUUAUUCCAAGGAGAAGCUGUUUGUUGAAAUCAGUACAUGGAGUUAAUUCCUUUGUCCUUUGUCAAUUUAUGAGUGUUACUGAAUGAUAUUAUAAACCAAUACAAACUUUAAUGAUUUGUGAAAUGUGACACAUUUUGAGCUGGCAUUGAUCCUGGAAUCUGGUUGUGUGUGCCAAUAGAAAAAGGAUGAAGUAUGCUUAAACAGAGAAAAGCCAGCACCAUAGCAUUAACCAAAGAUCAGUACAUUUCUGUGGAAUUCAGCCCACAUCAAGGGUCCUCUCAGGAUAUUAGCAGCACUAAGCUGUGUUGGCUAAUGGCAGCCAAAAUUUAUUAUGGGAGUUGAAAUUAUUGAAUUCCGUCUUAGAUCUGUAACAUAGUAGUAUUUAAUUAUGGAGGGUUACUGCCUCGAUUUUGGUUGGCCACAUUUAAGGGUGAGCUUCUGAAGACUAUUUUGCCCAUCAUGGUUGUAAAAUUGUAGAGGAAGUUUAUUUAGGUUUCUACAUGUGAAAAUUAUCUGAAGAAGCUUUUUUUUUAUUCAGAAAAGACCAUUGUGCUAAAGCAAGUUAACAAAUUGAAUUGAAAAUAACCACUAUUUGGUGAAACGGGUAUUUAAACAGUGAUUGUAAAUAAAUGGCUUGACAGAACUGUCUAAGUGACCAUUUAUUAUCAUAAUAAUUUAAAUUUCAAUGUAUUAUGUUGGCUGCAUAAUUUGAUUGCUGUGUUUUUUUCUGCAUACCCUAUAGUUUGUGCCACAUACUUUGUAUCCCUUAUUAAAGAUAGUCUAUUUAUUAAUUCAAAUUAUUCAGGAUGGAGCUGACAAAUAUAUUUAAUUAUGUAUAUCAGCUAAUGUUUUGUUUUGUUUAUACACCCCUUUUUGUACUUAAAAAUGCAAUCACCAAUUCCUUGGACUUUCUUUUUAAAUUAAUUAUAUACCCCCAUUAUAUACCCACAGAAGCUCAUUAUUUAUGCAAUAGGUCAGGGAGACUUUUGUGCCUUUGCAGAUAAAAAUUAAAGAAAAAUUGCCUAGGGGGUUGAAUUUUUCUCAAACAUUUAUUUUGGAGGUGGGGGGUUUAAUAAGAGGAAAGUUUAUCUUCACCAUAUCCCCACCCUACCUGUAAAUUCUUUAGAAGAUUAUUUACUUAUUCAUUGGUCUUGCAUGCUAUUUUGAUCAAAAGAGGGCAUCAAGUUCCUUGAUAUAAGCACUGAAUACCUCACAAUGUACACAUAUACUAAUAGGACAGGGAAAGUUCUUGCUGCUGUAAAGCUUGCUUUAGCACAGUGUGUGGUAUUGUAUAGCAUUAAUAAGAUAACAUGGGUUAUUUUGUAAUGUAUAUAGAUUGUUCUGAUUCAUAUAUAUGUGUACUGUAUAUACAUGUGUAUAUAUAUGUUAUAAAUUGAUUACAAGAUUGCAUUGAUAUCAAACUAUUAAUCACCAUCAAUACCAGUGAGAGUGAUAGAAUCUGUAACCAUAGCAAUUGUAGUUCUGUAACCAUGGAAACUCAUAUUUAUUUAGAAAUAUUAGGUACUAUGGAGAAAUUGUCUGUGAUCAUUUUGAAUGUAUAAAACCUAUGUCUAACCAAGAAUUGAUCUAAAUCAAAGAGCUGCUUGUCUUUGGUGGCAGGUACUUGGUGUAUAUUCCCUUCAUAAGAACAUGGAUUAGUGCUAGGGUGGGGUCACCCAUUAUGUAAGAUGUGGAAAAAGUGCUACUUUGAAUUUUCAAACUCACCAGGAUUCCAGUGAAUUUCUUUUCUUUUCUUUUUUUGUAGUCAGGAAAUAUAGGACAUUUAUCUCUCAUAUCUUUUUUUCUGUUGGUAAAUGAUGGAUAAAAAUAUGUUCAAAAGAGCAUCAUUUUAAUGUACAUUAUGUAUUGUAUUCUGCAGAUCUUUUUUCUCUGUCUUUGUCCUUUUUUUUUUUUUUUGUUUUAUUCAAGUUUUUUAUUUUACCUUCUUGCUUUAAAAUGAAAAAUGUAAGCAGACUUAGGAAAUUUAAAUUUGUGUUUCAAUAUUGAAACAUGCAAGGAAUGGAGAGAGAGAGAGAGAGAGAGAGAGAGAGAGAGAGAGAGAGAGAUUCAUAUCUUAAUUGUUUACGAUGUUGGUGUUGUAUUGUUGUUGUUUAUAAAAAUUUGUUUGUUGGGUAUUUAAGUGCUAUGUGACCUUUUUAUCAAUGCAUUAUGAUUUGUUUCUGUUUAUGUUGUUGGAUAAACACACAUGAAAAAUCUAUUAUUGUACAUGUGUAUUGAAUAUUUAAAAAAAUAGUGGCACAUUAUUUGUAUAAUUGUAUUCAAACAAAUUGGUUUAUUUACUAUCUUUAUAUAGACUAUAGAUCUGUUUAAACCAUAAAAGGAGACGAUCUUAUUUUCUUUAAGACAAGUUGAUCUUGCAAGGAGAUUUUUUUUUCUGUUUAUUUUUAUCAUUUUAUAUGUUAAUGUUUGUUGGUCUUUUAGAUUUAUAUUAUUUUUCAAGAUAAGUGUUAUACUAAACUUUAUUUGUUCAAAUUAUAUACUUAAAAAAAGUUAAACAAAACUCCAAUAAAAUCGGUGUUAGGCAGAUUAAAGCAGCAAUAUUAUUCACUUCAUAAAAGUUUUGAAAACAGCAUUUUUGAUGAACCAGAAGAUUGAAGUAGUGUUUCAUUCAUUCACAAGAUUUUGAAGUUUAAACAGUUAACAUUAUUGUUGAAAGGCAGCAUAUAUUUUGUAUGUUACAAUGUGUCAACUUACAUAUAGGUAAAUUUGCAUGUAGCUUCAACUCUUAACAGAAUAGCACCGGAUAACUCAUACAAUGUAUUGUCUGUCUGUUUCUGUCUUUUUGCACUGUAUUUUCAGUAUGAUUUUGAUUUGUCGUCGAUAUGUCUACCUCAGUUUAUGGAAUGUGUGCUGUUAUUCAAGCACUCAUUUUAGUAUACAAUUUUUAUUCAAUGAAUUAGUACAUAAGAUAUGCAUUGUAUUUUUUCACUUUUCCUUACGCCCUUGCAAACUAAUGGUAUUUUAGUAGGAAAUGACCGUUUGAACCUCUUCAUUUAAUUUAGUUAUCCUUAAUUUUAUUUGGUCUUAUCUUUUGAAAUUAAGCAGAUUCAGUCAAAAUGGUUGUGAGAUUAUUUAUAUCCCGGUUUUUUAGCAUUGAAAAUAAUUGGAUAGACCUUGCUAUUUUCAAUGUUCAUUGUGUAAAUUUUUUUUCAUAUCCAAAAGUCGAUCAUCUUUUUGGCAUUUCUAUGUCUUUUGUUUUUGGUUAAAUAGUUUUAAGGAAAGAGAAGUAUGAUAAGCACAAAUAUUCCUUGACCAGUACCCCUUCUUUUUGUUCAGUAUCCAUUGUUAGUAACAAGUACACACCGGUAAGGUUAUUGGACAUCAUGAACUUGGGCUCAUAUCAAUUAGAUUUGACCUCAGAAGUGGGAUUUAUCAUAAUUAUGCAGCCGGACUAUUGUUUGUUACCUCAUUUUCAAUAUCACUAAGGACAUUUCAUAUCAGGAUCAGAUAUUUUUCAUGAUGCAUUUUAGAAUUUUAAGACAGCUGUGGUCACUUUUUUUUCUUUUUACAAAUAUUAAAUCAAGUGCAAAAGAAAGUUGUAUGUACAUAUUAAUAUAGAUUGUUUUAGUACAUUUCAGUAAUUUGUAAUGAGCUUGAGCUCUACCUCAGCUUUUGUUUUCUUUUUCAAAUUUCAUUUUAUCAUUUUACAUCAUUGUUUUAAAAUGUAUAUGAAGCAUGUAAAUAAGUGCUGUAUUUAUAUAAUCCAUAACAUAUUGAUUGUCAUAGAAUCACUUUCCUCACACUUUGUACAUACGUAUAUACACAAUUUUGGGCCCUGGUUUAUUUAUUUGACUGACAUUAUUUUAUCAACAGAGAUUAGGAAAUAUUUGGCAAUUUAAUGAGGGUAGACUAUUUUUGAUAUAGUGUGCCCGCUUCCCAAGUAAAGGUUAAUGCCUGAUAUUAGUGUUUACUGAAAACAAAAUGGCAGAUAAAACCAAAAAAGUCCAGAAUAUUCGUCCCAUAUUAGAAAUUUUGAAAUGAUAUUUGAUUUUUAAGAAAUAUAAAUAAAUGUAUUACUGUACAUAAAAUUCUGUGUAGCAAAUUUGUUGUGAGUGUGUUUGUACAUUGUACUAUGUAUAUGUUUGUAUGCUCAUCUGAAUUUUUCUGUUACGUUAUUUAUGCAGCUUAUGUCCAGUCAUUGAGACUGGAAGACUUUUAAACCCGGUGCCAUAGUUGAUCAUGGGAGUCUUGCUGUUGAAAAUCCUUGAUGAAUUUCUGAAGUAUAACUAAACGAUUUUUUUUAAAUUUACAAUAAAAUUGUAAUACAAGAAUUACUAUUGUUUCAUAUAUUUAAGAAAAUGUGUUGUACGUUAAGGAAUGCAUAGCAUGAUAUGAAGAUGCAGACAAGUUUGUUUGCAGAAUUGUUGACUGCAACACAACUUUUAACAGAUGGUCAGGAUUUACAAUUGUAAGACCUAUUUAUCUACCUCAAAAUGAACCUGUUGUACAUUUUUUAAGAAAAAGAAUCUUUUUCAGUGUAAUCUUUGCUAUUUCAUUGUCAUCUAUGUUAAUUUUUCAUGUAUCUGAUGAAAUAAAUCUGUAAAGUAGA